UUUAUCUGAUGAGGUCAGUGUGGAUAUAAUUAUCUCUGAUCAUGUAAGAUGACACUGAAAAAGUAGUUAAUUAUUGACAUUGUCAGUAUACUUCAUCCGCCUGGAUAUUAUACUUAAUAAGAUGAACACAAAACAGCAUAUGGUUUAGUUUGUGAUGAAAAAACUGACAGCUUUGAUCGUUGACAUCCACGCUGGGACUUGUAGGAUCCCACCCAACAUAAUGCAGUCAAAAUUGGAUAUUUGAUGCCGAGACAGAUGAAAGAUGAUUUCUGCAUCAAUCAGUCGGCAACACAUAAUCCUGUUUCUCAUAUUGAUCCUUUUUUUUCUCUUUUCGUUCUUCUGGUACCGGUCAGACUUUGUUCAUUAUAAUUCAGAAUGUCCAGAAAUUAUACAUAAGCAAGACCAUGAGGUCCAGGAGAAGACAAAAGUGAAACCAAAUCCAACGCCAACACCAAAAGACACUAUUGUUCUGGUUUGGAACUGGCCAUGGGGGCAGCAGUUUACGUUAGACAUGUGUACAGAAUUUGGUUUUCCUGGAUGUAAGCUUUCAACAGACAGAAGUCUAUAUAGUAUUGCUGAUGCCGUUGUUAUACAUCAUGCAGAUGUAGGGAGUAAAAAUGCAUUACCUCAACAGCCAAGACCUUCUUUCCAGCGUUGGGUGUGGCUUAACUUAGAACCUCCACUGAUUAUUAGUAACUUGGAGAUGAUGGACAACUUGUUCAAUGCAACUAUGACAUUCCGUCAGGAUUCAGAUAUCUUUAUCCCAUAUGGCAAAAUAGAAACGAUGAAAGAGCCUCAAAACUUCUCCAUUCCCAUGAAGUCCAAGCUGGUAUCUUGGGUGGUCAGCAAGUGGUAUCCUGGUGUCCGUCGCAUUACUUAUUAUGAAGAGCUGAAAAAACAUAUUUCAGUAGAUGUUUAUGGAGCAAAGCACAUGCCACUGAGCAAUGAAGAUUUCCACUCAACAAUAUCUCAGUACAAAUUUUAUUUGUCUUUUGAGAAUUCCAUGUAUAGAGACUAUAUCACUGAGAAGCUUUGGUCAAAUGCCUUCGGUUCGUGGGCUGUUCCAGUUGUAUUAGGAACAUCCCGUAAGAACUAUGAGCAGUUUGUCCCGGGGGAUGCCUUCAUUCAUGUUGAUGAUUUUCCAAGUCCAAAGGAGCUGGCCGAUUAUCUUCUUGAGUUGGACAAAGAUGAUGUGAAGUACCAAAAGUAUUUUAAAUGGAGAUCGCGAUACUAUGUAAAGAUAGAUGGGGGGUGGCCAUAUCACUACUGUAAAGCAUGUGCAGUCAUAAAGCAGAGUCCAAGAUAUCAGGUCGUUCAUCAAAUAGCUAAGUGGUUUCUGAAGGAUUUAUAGCUCUGAGGCCCCGUACACACGACCGAGUUUCUCGGCAGAAUUCAGCCAGAAACUCGGUCGGAGCUGAAUUCUG